AUAUAUUCUUGCCUUUAUUUUUCUCAAUAGCGCCUCUCUUAACUCUCUUCAACUAUUAGCUUUUGAGAGGUUAAGUUUAUGUCUAUGUCUAGGAACAUAUUAGUUUUACACGGUUGCGAAUGGUAUGUUUUUGAUAGUUUAGGGGGCAUUUCAGUUUUGUGAUGUGUGGUAUGCAAAACAAUACCAUUGAGUCCCAUUAUCUGAAUUGAGAUUGAGAAGACCCAAGACUUAGAUUAGAUCACGAGACGACGUCGUUUCUCCUUGUCCAUUUUCAUUUUCAUGGUGUUGUCUUGACUGAAUUUGCAAAUGUUGGAACCUACUGCUAAGUUUUUAGCGGAGAUAUAUGGAUAUACGCGUUUAAGUCCGUAUGUGUGAAAUUGAACGUUGUAUCUGUUUCCUAGCAGAUACUAAAUUUGUAUCUGGAAAUGGUAGAACCGAGCUAGUAAAAUUCAUCGCUGAUAGGCAUACCAAACUCAUGAAACAAGCCUCUCGAUAUUAUUCCGCACUUAAAGAUGCUAUGGCUCGUGGGAGAAGAAGAUAUUCACUUGUAAAAGAUGUAGACGGCAUGGAAACAGGAGCAUAUGACAAACCUCUUCCAUGCUUUGGUUGUGGAAUCGGAUGGUUCUCCUUUCUCCUAGGAUUUAUGUUUCCACCUUUGUGGUACUAUGCUGCAUAUCUUUAUUUCGGGAACUAUUAUCGUAAAGAUCCUAGAGAAAGAGCUGGUCUUGCUGCUUCCGCAAUCACUGCGAUGGGAUUCUCUCUUGUGUUAGUCGUGAUUUUCGCUGUCCGGUGGUUAUACUAUCCUAAUUAAGAUUAUACUACAAGAUAACUAUGUAACUAUCAUUCAUUACCUAUAAGUUUCAGUGUUCAUCAAGGUAUAGUCACCGAACUCAUGUACAUUCACAUAAACCAAUGAUUUUACUUAGACCAUUUUAUCAAGUUGUGUAUAAUUUUUUGUUCACAACAUAUAGAGUUUGUAUACGAAUUACGAACAAGGAACAGAAAAAAGAAACAACAUUAGGUUAAUGGUUGUAUUGUAGCUACAUUAUUUUGGCUGUGAUUGUUAUUCUAGUCAGCCAAAUUGGAUUAUCAGUGUAUU